AUGGAUCACAACAUAUCAUCCACAUUUGUCAUCAUAUUUGGGGUUGGUUUCGUAUUCCUCUGGAGGAUUUACCGUACUAUCCUCCCCAAGCCCAUCCCCGGAAUUCCUUACAAUGAAGCCUCCGCCAGGAAAUUGCUGGGCGAUAUCCCCGCGAUCCGGGCGCAUAUAGCAUCCACCAAAGGAGGCACCUUCAUCACCUAUGUUUUGGAAAGCAUGCAAAAAAUAAAUUCGCCGCUGAUACAGGUCUUUAUUCGGCCAAUGGGCAAGCCACUGUUGAUAUUGGGAGACUUCUCCGAAGCGCAUGAUAUUUUGGUCCGGCGGAACAAGGCCUUCGAUCGAUCGCACACACUCGGGGAUCUAGUAUCGGGUCUGGCGCCCGAUCAUCACAUCCAUCUGAAGACCAACGCCGCGUGGAAAUCACAGCGUCGACUCAUACAAGACCUGAUGACCCCGUCUUUCCUCUAUACGGUGGCAGGGCCCGUUAUCCAUCAUAAUGUGGGCAACUUAAUUGACCUGUGGCGGGCGAAGAGCAGGAUUGCACAGGGACGGCCAUGGCAUGCUGCAGGUGAUAUUAAUCUGAUGGCGCUCGAUGCGGUAAUGGCCUUCGCUUUCGGAGAGAAAUUCAAUCAUAACGCGACGAAACCCACUUUUGAAGCGAUCCAGGCAAUAGGUGUGGAAGCUGCCACACAAGCGACUCGGGAUGAGCCGUUCAUUUUCCCAACAGGCCUGGUAGAUGAGGCAUUGCAAGCCACACUUGACCUGACGGAGACUGUGGGGGAAGUGCAAGGCAAUCCAAUCCCGAGCUUGACAUGGGCUUACGUGGUACGGCGACCAAAGAUCCGAAAAGCCAUCCAAGUCAAGGAGGAGUAUAUCUGGCAAGAAUUGUCCAAGGGAGUCGAGCGACUACAACAAGGCGAAACGUCAGUUAUCCAGUCAGCCGUGGACCAGAUGAUUAUGCGGGAGAAAAGUCUAGCCGAAAAGGAUGGACGACAGCCCGAUUACUUCUCGCGAGUCAUGAUCGACGAGAUUUUUGGCUUCGUAUUCGCUGGGCAUGAAACCACCAGCACGACUCUAUGCUGGGGCCUCAAAUUCCUCGCUGACCAGCCCCAGGCUCAGUCUAAGCUUCGGAAUGCGCUGGAGUCAGCAUUUGCACCCGCCCGUGCCGCUAGACGUCAUCCCAACAUUCAAGAGAUUACCAACACGCAUAUCCCGUACCUUGACGCGACCAUAGAGGAGAUCCUCCGUUGUGCCGGUACGGCACCCGUAGUCGAUCGUGAAGCGCGGGUGGACACUGAAAUCCUCGGGUACGCCAUCCCCAAAGGCACAGUGGUGACCUGCCUGGUGACCGGACCCAGUAUGAUGAGCGCAGGCUUCGCCAUCGACCCGGCCCGACGAAGCUUCACCAAUCAAGCCACGGAAAAGAGGAGCCAAUUCCGAUCGUGGGAUCCCACCGACAUUGCCCUCUUUCAACCCGAUCGCUGGAUGGCUGAGGGUCCGGACAAAAAAGGAGGGGAAUCGUUCGAUCCCACGGCCGGGCCGCAGCUGGCGUUCGGGCUGGGCACGCGCGGAUGUUAUGGCAAGCGACUGGUUUAUCUGGAGAUGCGGAUUUUGCUGACCUUGGCGGUGUGGAACUUUGAGUUACUCGCGUGCCCGGCAGAGCUAUCAGGAUACCAAGCCUCCUUGAUUACCACCAACGAGCCACAGCAGUGCUAUGUUCGCUUGCGCGAAGUGGCUCGAUAA